UAGACAAAAGUCAUUGUAUGUGUACAUCAGAAGUAAAAAUAAUACAAUAUACAAAGAAAAAAUCGAAUAAAUUGCGUUUUUAAACAAAACAAUUUAUUUAUUAAUAUUUAUUCAAUAAAGUACACAAUCACAGAGAGAAAAACACUUAAGACAUACAACAUUGACAAAAUAAAAUAUAGAGUUAGCUAAGAAAAGUUUAGUGUAAAGUGUCUAAGAAAACAAUUGAGAUAUAUCAAAACAUGAAAAAUGGAACACACUUAUCAUCAUUAAGAUACCAGCUUGGAAUAGAAAAAGUAUGAUGAAACCAAAAUCCAUCGCUCAAAUUCGACGUUGUUGGUGGUAUUUCUUGAAGCCGCCGUCUUCAACAGCACGAGUAUUCGUUGUCUACCGUCGCCGCAUCAAUAUGUCAAUCGAUUGAUUGCAAACCAAUUUGCACAGGACAAAAGGAUCAUUGCUUGGAAAAUUAGGAUAAAAUACGAUUAUUUCGUUAGUGUACAAAGAAUGGUGCUUAAACCAGAAAAUACAAUGAUUUGUCAACGAGAGCGACCGAUUCACGUUAACGAGCGGCAAAUUUUGGCAAAAAAGUAAACUAACCAAGGGACAAUAAGUGUGUUUUGUUUUGUCAUCGAAAUAAAAGAGCAAGAAAUAGUUGAUGAAAAUUUCUAUUGGUGUAUUGAAUUGAUGUAAGAAGAAAAAAAGAUAAAUAUAUAUAUUGAAAAUAUGUUGAGGGAAGAAUUAACAAAGCUUGACAGCUCAAUGUUCAAUAUUGACAAUUUGUUUGGAGAUCUUCGAAGCAAUAGUGCGCUGAAAACGUUUGCCGAAAUGUGGUAUCAGAUUUUUUUAUAUAGUUUAUUUUCAUCAAUUCUUGUACAUACAUGUGCCGCACUCGUUGCAUUUGUCACAUUACGCAAACAUAAAUUCGGUCGAUUCUUUUCAAUAUUGAUAUUAGUAAUUGGUGUGGUGUCACCAGUGACCAGUGGCAUCGUAAGCAGUGCAGCAAUUGCACUUGUUCAUCGUGUAUCCAGCCUACAAAUGUUACCAGUUUAUGCGCUUGUUUGGGGAAUUGGACAAACCGUUGUAUCCGCAUUUGUGGGCUAUUUAAGAAUCCUAGCAACGCUGUAAUUACUGGUAUAUUAUUAAAUAGAGAUGAAUAUCAUCAAUAUCGUGCUGCCAAUGAAACAUAACUGUAACAAAUGACGAAUCGACUGUUGACACGAAUAGUCAAUAGUUUAAGAUGAUUUAGGUCAAUUAAUUGUUUAUUAUUUUUCAAGUCUGUAAUUAGCAUUACAUAUUAUUAUUAUUUCUUUCGGUCCAUAUUUAAAAAAAAAAAUCAUUGAAAAAAAUACAACCUAUUCUACGAAAUAGAGAAUUUUUUUGUUUUGGUUAAAUAAUGUCAAAAGAUACCGGUUUAUAUUUUAACCAUAUCUAAUAAUGAACGCGAUUUGAUUAGACUGUUUUACAAAAAGAUUUCCGAUAGGAAAUUCGAAGAUAAAUAGUAGGAUUAUAAAGGUCAGCGCAUGAAUUAAAUUAAGUCUCAAUAAAAUACAAUAAAAUCAUAUUUUUUUUGUUCUGCAAAGCAUGUGUAAAUAUUCGUUAUAACAAUUUAAAAUCUUUGGUACUCUGACUUUUAAUGAAACAGAAUAUUCAAGGAAAUAAAGAUAUAAAAAAAUGCGAGUUUAUAUAA